AUGGAUGGCACUACUGAAUUAACGACAUAUAAGCAACAGCUGGAUGAUGUGGACAACGAAUUAAUGAACUGUGAUAAUUUGGAACGUCGAAAUGAAUUGCUUACAGCUCGAGCAGAUCUUGUUGAGUUGAUUGAUCUUCUUUCUGAAAAUCUUGAUGAAGAUACUGCAAAUAACGCUCAUCAACUGUCUUCAUUUUAUAAUGAAUCAGAUCAAUCAAAUGGCAAUAACCAAUCGGAAAAUGCAUUUAACGAAGAAUGCGAGAUUUCUGCAGAUGAAAUUAUUGGAAUGAACUGUCGUGCACCAUAUAAACGAAUUGUUGAUAAAGCUAUUCAUUUGCAUGAUGCAAUUAUUUUGGAGUUGAUCAACAAUGGCGAUUGCUCAUUAAAAGUAAAAAUUUUAUAUUGUUAUCCUUUGGAAUUAGCAAUGAAACCAUGUGAAUAUUUUUUAAAUGAUCGUUGCUCAUAUGGUGAAAACUGUAAAUAUUCGCACGGCGAAGAAGUUAUGUUUUCCGAUUUACUGGAAUAUGUUCCUCCUGAUUUCUCGAAUUUGGUUGAAGAUUCUUUGGUUCUUGUGCAAGUAGAAAAUGGUUUAUGGUGCAGUGGUAGAGUGACAGCUGUUGAUGAUGAAAAUCUUGCGGUUAAACUGCUUUCAACUGGAAAAGAGGUUGCUACACUAAGAAGCAAAGUUUUACCUCUUCCUGAAUUCUCCAAAGAUUCUUCUUUAGAUUUGGAAGUAUCGGAACAAAGUUCUUCUUCCUCAUCUUGGCAAGAAUUAAAAGGUGAAACAAAAGGUCGCGUUACUAUUGGAGAUCUCGGAGAUUGGGAAAAGCAUACUCGUGGUAUUGGAAUGAAACUGCUUUUAAAAAUGGGAUAUCGAGUUGGAGAAGGUUUGGGUCGCAAUUCAGAUGGUAUUGUUCACGCUAUUCAACCUGUUAUUUUUCCGAAAAAUAAAUCGGUGGAUAUUUGUAUGGAAUCAAAGAAAAAAGUUAUUGAUGGUUUGAAUCAAAAACGAGAUUGUGUAAAGCGAGCUAUAGCUAAGAAAUUGGCGGAAUCAGCUGCUAACAAUAAUGUCUUUGCUCUUAUUAAUAAAUUAAAUCCCGAGACACAGAAAGUUUUGGAUCAUGAAGACAAGCAGUUAAAGGCAUCUUCAUCAAAAUGUUUGGGUAUUCAUUCAUUAAAUAUAGACAAGGAGAUAAAAGAACUGAAAAUAAAAGAACGAAAAUUGCAUGAAGGGAUUGCAAGAAAUAUGCGAGAUCGAACGACAGCUGAAAGGUUAAAACGAAAUUUAGCACAUUGUCAACAAGAAAUUGCAAAAUUAAAGAAGCGGCAGCAACGGUUGGCUAAUGAGAUUGAUAAUCGACGCUAUAAGAAGGAUAUUUUUUAA